AUGUCGAUGAACCGGGUGCGACAGCCAGUGACGAACCUCGUCACACUUUCAUACCGUCUCCCGCGAACAGGCCGGUCGGCCAUCAGAUCAUGGCGAAGACAGUAUGCUAAUGGUAACGGCAGAGCACCAGAAUCAUCUGCUCCUUCGUCAAAUUGGCUUCGUACUUCACUUGGUCUAGGUGGAACAGCUGCCGCUGCGUUCUUAGUCUAUACCUUUGCGACCCGAGGCGAUCAACUUGGGAGCGAUAUUGAAGCGAAGAACGUUACGCCAAAGAUUGCUGGGGACCUGGAUUCACAGUAUGUGCAAGAAAAAAGAAGUUUGAAGAGCCCCGGAGUCUACCUAUGGGGAAACAAUGCUUAUCGUGUUGUGGAUCCUGACUCCAAAGAAACUGUGAUUAAGUCUCCUCGGCAGUUAGCCUACUUUGAGGGUCAAGUGCUCCGAGAUCUCAAAAUUGCAGAGAAGUCCGGUGCUGCCAUUACUGAGAAUGGUGAUCUGGUGCAAUGGGGCAAAGGGUACUCGGAAACCGACUUCAAACCAACAAAGACCUUGACUGGCAAGGACUUGAGGUCUUUGUGCAUGUCGAGUGAUCGCAUACUUGCAUUGGCUUCAAACGGAGAUGUAUACUCACUCCCGAUUGCUAAGAAUGACCAGGAAAGCGGUCGGAAACCCAAAGAAGGCUCUUGGUUCCCAUUCAGCUCUGGAAGAGCUGGUGUGAGCUAUCGGCUGCUUGAACCUACAUUGAGGCUAGGCGAAAAAAUCACCGCCAUCAGUGGUGGGCUACAGCAUGCGCUUCUCCUCACGAACUCUGGUCGAGUCUUCUCCGUCGCUUCUUCCACUGAGAGCUAUCCCUCCUUUGGACAACUUGGUGUGCCUGGGUUGACUUGGUCGACUCGACCUCAAGGGCCCGUGGAUACCUGCCAUGAGGUGAAGACCCUCGGCAACUCUAAGGUUACUGAAAUUGCUACCGGAGAUUACCAUUCUUUGGCGCUUACCAAGGACGGAAACGUUUACGCCUUUGGCGACAAUUCUUUUGGGCAGCUGGGGUCUGAAUUUGACCCCGCCCAGCCAUUUAACGAUACCCCUACCCUAGUACCGGUGAAGCUUUUCUACCCAGGCAACAUCUGGCUUCCGAAGGUGACUGCGAUUGCAGCUGGGGGCGCCAACAGUUUCUUCACCGUGGAUGCUCAACGGACACUUGGCCCUGGCGAAGAUCGUUCUACGGUACGUGACCUGGGUCGCAUUACGGCUGACACGUGGACUUGCGGCCGGGGCAUCUGGGGUGCUCUCGGAAACGGAAAAUGGACGCACCUACAAGACGCACCUACGAAGGUGAAGGCAUUCAGUGGCCUGUUCGAGUACGACGAACGAACAAAGACUCUCUCGCCCAUCCGCCUACGCAAUAUCUCUGUCGGUACAACACACGCGUCGGCCAUCAUGGACAACAAAGCUCACAUUGAAACUUCGGCCACGACGUCUCUGGAGAAGUCCAGCGACUGGGGCCACGACGCGCUGUUCUGGGGAGGAAAUGAACACUUUCAGCUCGGCACCGGCAAGAGGAGUAAUUUAUCCAAGCCGUCGCAUAUUAACGCGCCUCCAGAUUUUGAAUCGAAGAGUGCAAAGCACGAGGCUCGACUCCAAAUCAUGCCUCGUCACCGGGCCAAGGUGGGCAACCGCACUGUGAGCAUGGAGCAGCGGAUUGAGUGUGGAAGGCACAUCUCUGCGAUUUACUCUGCUGUAUAA